UGUGCCAAUGUACAUGUAGAGAAUGUUGUUGUUGAAUACAACACUAAGAAAAGUGAAACUUUUUUUUUCUUAAAAAAAGUGAUUAUUUCUUUUUAAUCCUUUUUUUAAAAAUUUUUUUAUUUCACUGCCUUCAUUUUUGCCUUUGUGUCCAAAAAACACACACACACCAAAAGAAAAAAAAGCAACUGAUCCAUUGAUCUGAUAUUACCUCAGUAUUGGAAACGUCAAAAAGAAGCAAGCAUCCACAUUCAGAGCAUUGUACUCACCGCAGGACUCAAGGAUCACUUACCCCCAAGAUGCAUUGUGAAAGGUUUAUAUGUAUCCUGAGAAUAAUUGGGACAACACUCUUUGGAGUUUCACUCUUACUUGGAAUAACAGCUGCUUAUAUAGUGGGUUACCAAUUUAUCCAAACAGAUAAUUAUUACUUCUCAUUUGGACUAUAUGGUGCAAUUUUAGCACUUCACCUCAUCAUCCAAAGCCUCUUUGCAUUUUUAGAACAUAGAAAGAUGAAGCGAUCUCUUGAAACUCCAAUUAAACUGAAUAAAUCAGUUGCCCUUUGUAUUGCUGCAUAUCAGGAAGAUCCAGACUACUUAAAAAAAUGUUUACUUUCCGUGAAACGGUUGACCUAUCCUGGGAUGAAAGUUAUCAUGGUCAUCGAUGGGAAUUCAGACGAUGACAUCUACAUGAUGGACUGUUUUCGUGAGAUCAUGGGCAGUGAUAAUUGUGCCACCUAUGUAUGGAAAAAUAACUUCCACGAAAAAGGUCCGGGCGAGACAGAGGAAUCUCACAAAGAAAGUACACAACACGUAACCCAAAUGGUUCUGUCCAACAAGUAUACAUGCAUCAUGCAGAAAUGGGGAGGAAAAAGGGAAGUCAUGUAUACAGCAUUCAAGGCACUAGGAAGGAGUGUGGAUUAUGUACAGGUAUGUGAUUCUGACACAGUGCUUGAUCCAGCAUCAUCAGUCGAGAUGGUUAAGGUCUUAGAGGAGGACAUAAUGGUCGGAGGAGUGGGAGGAGAUGUGCAGAUAUUAAACAAAUAUGACUCAUGGAUCUCAUUCCUCAGUAGUGUCAGAUACUGGAUGGCAUUUAACAUUGAGCGAGCUUGUCAGUCCUACUUUGGCUGUGUGCAAUGCAUCAGUGGACCACUGGGGAUGUACAGAAAUUCUCUACUGCACGAAUUUAUUGAAGAUUGGUAUAAUCAAGAAUUCAUGGGUUCACAAUGCAGCUUUGGUGAUGACAGGCAUCUUACAAACCGGGUUUUAAGUCUGGGCUAUGCAACCAAAUACACAGCAAGAUCAAAAUGCCUUACUGAAACACCUACCGAGUACUUGCGUUGGCUCAACCAACAAACGAGGUGGAGCAAAUCCUAUUUCCGUGAAUGGCUCUAUAAUGCAAUGUGGUUCCACAAGCACCACUUGUGGAUGACGUACGAAGCUGUGAUCACAGGAUUUUUUCCCUUUUUCCUGAUAGCAACAGUCAUCCAACUUUUUUACCGUGGGAGAAUAUGGAACAUUUUGCUCUUCUUGUUGACUGUUCAGUUUGUAGGCCUCAUAAAGUCUUCCUUUGCCAGUGCCCUCCGAGGAAAUAUAGUCAUGGUUUUCAUGUCUUUAUAUUCAGUAUUGUACAUGUCAAGUUUACUACCAGCAAAGAUGUUUGCGAUAGCCACAAUAAAUAAAGCAGGUUGGGGGACAUCGGGAAGAAAAACAGUAGUAGUGAAUUUUAUUGGGUUAAUUCCCAUCACCGUUUGGUUUACAAUCCUUUUCGGUGGUGUCAUUUACACCAUAUGGAGGGAAACAAAAAAGCCAUUUGAAGAUUCUGAACAGACAGUCCUCAUCAUUGGUGCAAUACUUUACGCGUGCUACUGGGUGAUGUUAUUGACUUUAUACGCUGCCCUGAUCACUAAGUGUGGUAGACGGAAGAAAGAGCAGCAAUACGACAUGGUUCUCGAUGUAUGAUGAUAACUCUUUACAUAUUAAGUGUUCACACUAAAUAAUAUAUCAAAGCCUUAAGAGACUUUUUUUUUGUGGUUAGGAUCUAUAGUAUUAUUGACAUGGAUUUGUGUCACUAAGGGAAAUGCAACACUGCUGCUGGGACUUGAACAUACACAACUUGUGGACUCUUUUUCAUGAAUCCAAAGCCAAAAUAGUUUAAAACUAUUGCAAAAAUGAACACAAAUAUAACCAAUGGAAGGCUGUCCCUUAACAGAAGGGUGGCCAUUUUGUUUAUGCACUUUUUUAUUGUGCAUAUGCCUGACAGUGUUAUGUUCUAUAUACCUCACUGGUCAUGCUUAUGUCUGGUCAUGGUAGGGAGAGUGAAAGGAUUUUGAAAGGUAUGUAAGCCUUAAUCACACUUUUCUACUUUAUUUUUCCCUGCCAAAGGUCCUAGUGAAUAGGCCUAAAGGCUCGCAAUAACUUACAACAUAAUUUAUAAACUUUUUUUAUGGAUGGCCAUUUGGCUGUCAAAAAUAAUGCCAAUUGUGCUCUGGAAAAAAAAGCACAUUGGUUAUGCUGUAUUUUUAUAUUAUUGUAUUAAUUAUGUUUUUUAUUUGUAUGCCUUAAAUUUUUUUUUACAUAUUUUAUAUUUUACU